AUGCCGAUUGGUCGUUACACUCGCCUCGGUGAAAUUGGUCGAGGAAGCUUUGCCACGGUUUACCAAGGUGUACAUACGAAAUCUAGUACUUACGUCGCCAUCAAAUCGGUCAACCUGUCGAAACUAAAUAAGAAGUUGAGGGAAAAUCUCUCGUCGGAAAUCCAUAUCCUCAAGGGUCUUUAUCACCCGCAUAUCGUUGCGCUUAUCGACUGUCAUGAGACGACAGCGCAUAUCCAUCUAGUAAUGGAGUUCUGCGCUUUGGGCGAUCUUUCCGUGUUUAUCAAACGACGAGAAUCGCUCGUGGAUCAUGAGUAUACGAGGGAGAUGAUGAGGAAAUAUCCGCAACCUCGUGGUGGCGCACUGAACGAGGUGGUGGUUCGCCAUUUCCUCAAGCAACUAUCUAGCGCUCUGAAGUUCCUGCGAGACCGAAACCUAAUACACCGCGACAUCAAGCCUCAGAAUCUCCUUCUUUGUCCUUCUCCUACAUCGUUCGAGGCUGGCCUCGCUCCGAAGAUACCGUUCAAGGGCAAUGAAGACUCGUUCAACCCCACGACGGGACUUGCAUCAUUGCCUAUGCUGAAGAUUGCAGAUUUCGGGUUCGCUCGGUCUUUGCCGGCCACGUCGCUGGCCGAAACACUCUGUGGCUCGCCGUUGUAUAUGGCCCCUGAGAUACUGCGCUACGAGAAAUAUGACGCUAAAGCCGAUCUAUGGUCGGUAGGGACGGUUUUGUACGAGAUGGUGGUCGGCAAGCCUCCCUUCCGCGCCACAAACCAUGUCGAGCUGCUGCGCAAGAUCGAGAAGGGCGAGGAUAAGAUCAGAUUCCCCGAAGACAAUACCGCCUCGGAGGACAUCAAGACAUUGAUCCGGAUGCUCUUGAAACGAAACCCUGUCGAACGAAUGAAUUUCUCUGAUUUCUUUAAUUGUGGCAUAAUUACGGGGCCUAUUCCCGGUGUAGUAGCCGAUGAUGCGCCCACACCAACCUCGCUUCCCGUCGAGGCCGGUCCUGUUGAAACAUCACCCAGGCCUGAAUCUCGAACCGGGUUUGGCACAUCCGCCGGGACACGGCGCGAGAAAGAUGCCUCGACCCCGGCAAAGACGCGAGAUGAACCACAGGGAUACCCGCCUCCUCAUCGCACGACGAGCAGUAACCCGAACCGAUCGGGGACUCCUCCGGCUGUCACGCCCAUGCGGAGGGUCGGCAGUGCGGAUCGUACUGCGUCUUCGCCCAGAGAACCCGCCUCCGGCACAACUCCACAGAGGCCCCCCGUCGUUGCUACCGCCACGGCGCCCGGGCGACAGGAACUGGUGGACCGACACGCUAUGGCCCUCGCCAUGGAGCGGCAGAGGAGUCGGAACACUCACUCGGGAUCGUCCCCAUCCGAGAAGCCGGCUGCGGAGAAGACGAAGGACGAACGAGAGCGCGCGGCACAAGACGUGGCGUUUGAGAGAGACUACGUGCUCGUGGAGAAACGCGCCGUGGAGGUGAACGCUUUCGCCGAUGAAUUAGCUCACAGUCCUCGCUUUCAGACCGGAUACACCAAGAAUCCGCAGGCUGGCGCUCUCUCCCGCCGAUCCACCACACAAGGAGUGCCUACGGGGACGGCCACGUCGCCUCUUGCUACGACCGGUAAGGCAAUGCAGGUUGCUUCUGGGCGGACACGAGCCGACUCAGCUCAUGCGCGACAACCCUCGUACGAACGGCGGUACGGACAGAGCCCAACGUCAGCCACGUCGGCAAUUUCCAAGGCGCUCAAUAUGGCAAGCGGGCGGCUAUUCGGCGUGGGUUUCUCCCCACCUAUGCCCAUCACGAAAGGUGGCCGUUCGCCUCCCUUGGCUUACAAUCCGUUCCCCGCAUAUCCCGCCGCCCAAGCCAAUAUGAUGCUCGUCGGGGACGGGUCUAAGACGAACAUGGCCAUGGACGAAGAUGCCAAGAUCGUCCAACUGAUUGAAGAGUGUGCUACUCGCAGCGACGUUGUCUACGGGUUUGCCGAGGUGAAAUACAAACAACUGAUCCCCCUCGCCCCAUCCGUUCAAACCGAUCCCCAGGGCAAAGCCAACUUUCCUGGGGACCAGACCGACUCGACCGAUGGCGGACUCACGGUCGAUGCCAUCGUGACCCUAUCAGAGGAGGCUUUGGUUCUAUACGUAAAGGCGCUCUCUCUAUUGGCAAAGUCGAUGGACAUCGCCGGCAGCUGGUGGACGCGAAAGAACCGCGGCGAAGGGUUUGCCGAUCCCGGCUUGAGUAGGGCUGAUGCUGCGAGCGCUCUCGUCGGCAACCGGAUUAACAACGUUGUCCAAUGGGUGCGGAACCGAUUUAACGAGGUUUUGGAGAAAGGAGAAUUUGUCCGCCUCAAGUUGGUCGAAGGGCAGAGGCGAUUGCCAAUCGAUCACCCCAGCCAUCCGAACAAUAUUUCGGUCGGCUCGUCCGUAGGAUCGGGCUCCACUGCCGAUGUCGUUGUCAGUUCCGGAGUGACCGCCGAGAAAUUGAUGUACGACCGUGCCCUGGAGAUGAGUCGGGCAGCUGCCAUCAACGAGCUAACAAGCGAGGAUCUUUCCGGCUGCGAGAUCGCCUACGUGACGGCCAUCCGGAUGUUGGAGGCAGUCUUGGAGGAUGAGGAAGUACCGCAGUCGGGACAGGGUCCGAACGCCGGCAAAGGCGACUCCCGAAAAGACCAUGACAAGAUCAUGUUGGACGGGGUGCAAUCUGAAGACCGGCGGGUGGUGAUCAAAUUGGUGUCGAGCAUCCGAGGCCGACUAAACUCUCUCCGCAAGAAACUCACGCUCUUAGCGUCACGCCAAACUCCUCCGUCGAGCUGCCCGGGCAAGAUAGCUCCGUCGAAUCUGGUCCCUGCAGCUCAGGCAGUUGGAGCAACCCCGAAGUGA